AUGGCUACCAAGGACCUGAAUUCAGAAGAAUACCCUACAGAGAUCCAUGAAUAUCUUUUGACCUUUGAAAAAGCAGUUGGCGGUGUUGAUGAAAUGUUGACCAAACUGAUGUCCGUUCCUAAAUCUGAACUUCUUCAGAAACUAGAUCCAGAAGAACAAGCAAAAUUAGAUUUGGCAUCUGCAUACACCUUGAACUCCCUGUUCUGGGUGUACCUGGUCACUCAGGGAGUUAAUCCUAAGGAGCAUCCUGUGAAAGAUGAGCUGGUAAGGAAAACUGAUUUUACUUGAAAUGCUUUCAAAAUGUAUUACAUGCAAUGUGAUAUUGAAUAUCCCUUUAGGCAAUACCUGACAACUCUUCUCUUCAGAGA